ACGUGUGUGCGCAUGCGAGUUAGUGUGUGUGUGUGUGUGUAGUGGAGGUCGGAAGGCAAAUGACUGGAGUGAUUGUCUCUGCAUCAUGUAGGUCUGGGUGAUCAAAGUCAGCCCAUCCGGCUUGUCAGCAAGCCCCUUUAACCAAUAAGCCAUUUUGUCAGCCCCCCUACCCCCUUUUCUGAGAUUGGAUCUCCUGUAGCCUAGCUUGGCCUUGAACUAUCAAUCCUCCUGCCUUAGCCUCAAGAAUGUCGGGAGUCCAGGUGUUCUGGGAUUACAGUUGAGUGAGUACUUUCAGAUCUAGCCCUUUUCUCUUUGAGAAGGAUAAACAGUGCGUCUGAUAAUACGAAAGCCACAGUAGUUGCCCGUUACACUUACCUUGCUGUGUUUGUCUGAGUCUUUUGAGAAGUUUGUGUGCUCUGGGUAUAUCCAUGUAUCAUAGAGGAUGGAUGACACUUAAGUAGUAAUAAGUUCUCCUAGGUCACAGGGAGCGACUGUGGACCCAGGGAGGAGCCACUGUGAGAAAUCGCUGAUUCCUUUUACGGAGCCUUCACGUAAAUGGGUCCAGUCAUGCCUGCCAGUAAGAAGCCCGAGAGCUCAGGAAUCAGUGUGUCCAGUGGACUGAGUCAGCGGUACCGGGGCAGUGGUUUCUCCAAGGCCCUCCAGGAAGAUGAUGAUCUCGACUUCCCUCUGCCUGACAUCAGAUUAGAAGAGGGGACCAUGGAAGAUGAGGAGCUGACCAACCUGAACUGGUUGCACGAGAGCAAAAACUUACUGAAGAGCUUUGGGGAGUCGGUCCUGAGGAGUGUCAGUCCCGUGCAGGACCUGGACGAUGAUACCCCGCCGUCCCCCGCCCACUCGGACAUGCCCUACGAUGCCAGGCAGAACCCCAACUGCAAGCCCCCCUACUCUUUUAGCUGCCUCAUAUUCAUGGCCAUUGAGGACUCUCCAACCAAGCGCCUGCCAGUGAAGGAUAUCUACAACUGGAUCUUAGAACAUUUCCCGUAUUUUGCAAAUGCACCUACUGGGUGGAAGAACUCAGUGAGACAUAAUUUGUCCCUGAAUAAGUGUUUCAAGAAAGUGGACAAAGAGAGGAGUCAGAGUAUUGGGAAAGGGUCAUUGUGGUGCAUAGACCCAGAGUAUAGACAAAAUCUAAUUCAGGCUUUGAAAAAGACACCGUACCACCCACCUCCUACUCCUCAGGCUUAUCAAAGCACAUCAGGUCCACCCAUCUGGCCGGGUAGUACCUUCUUCAAGAGAAAUGGAGCCCUUCUGCAAGAUCCUGACAUUGAUGCUGCCAGUGCCAUGAUGCUUUUGAAUUCUCCCCCUGAGAUACAAGCAGGUUUUUCUCCAGGAGUGAUACAAAAUGGAGCGAGGGUUCUGAGCCGAGGGCUGUUUCCUGGUGCCCGCCCGUUGCCAAUCACUCCCAUUGGGAUGACGGCAGCCAUAAGGAAUAGCAUCACCAGUUGCCGGGUGCGGACUGAGAGCGAGCCGCCAUGUGGCUCCCCAGUGGUCAGUGGGGACCCCAAGGAGGACCACAACUACAGUAGUGCCAAGUCCUCCAAUGCCCGGAGCACCUCUCCCACCAGCGACUCCAUCUCCUCCUCCUCCUCCUCAGCCGACGACCACUACGAGUUUGCCACGAAGGGGAGCCAGGAGGGCAGUGAGGGAAGCUUCCAGAGCCAUGAGAGCCACAGCGAACCGGAGGAGGACGACAGGAAGCCCAGCCAGAAAGAGGGCAAGGAUGCCCUGGGGGACAGCGGAUACGCAUCCCAGCACCGGAAGCGCCAGCACUUCGCCAAGGCCAGGAAAGUCCCCAGCGACACACUGCCCCUCAAAAAGAGACGCACGGAGAAGCCGCCCGAGAGCGAUGAUGAGGAGAUGAAGGAGGCGGCCGGUUCGCUCCUGCACUUGGCAGGGAUUCGGUCCUGUUUGAACAACAUCACCAAUCGGACGGCCAAGGGGCAGAAAGAACAAAAGGAAACCGCAAAAAAUUGAAACAAGUCUCUGAUUUGUUUUGAACUUACGGCCAUUUGGUUUCAGCAUGUCAGGAGAUUUCUAAUGAUUUGUGGCAAUAUCAGCAAUUUUUUUCUUUUUCUUUUUUCCUUUUGUUGGUUUGGUUUUCUUUACUUUCUUUCCUUUUUUUUUUUUUUUAAUUUGCCCCCCCCUCCUUUGUUUUUGGACCCUUAAGAAUUUUCUGUUUAAAGGAGAUUGAAGCCAUAGAAACUCAUAUCGACACUCAGCCGUUUUACAAAAGCUUUUCUUUAUCUGAACACAAAAACCGAAAAACAAAAAGCCAAAAUUAACCAUUGCUUCCUGCAGCCUGUCAGAGACCUGUGGUUAAGCCCACAGGGAUGUUCGUGUCAAUGCCACAGGAACACUCGUGCACCACCUAGGAGGCACGCAGUCACCGCUCAGCCCAACCCUUAGGUUUAAAAAGUCAGUUGAGCUUGGAGUGAGGCUGAGAAGCAUUUGCAGAGACUGAAGAGCCCAGGUCCCCUAGAAACAGAUUAUCCCCGUGCUCUGGCCCUGGCAUCCCACCUUACCAGAAACGCCAUCGCCAUUGCCCUGUGGCAAGCCGGGGGCCUGCCUGCCAGUCCUCUGUACUUCCCAGCCUUGAGCCUGGUAACAUCUCCCAGCUUGGACACCAGACUGUUCAGCUGGAUUAGGUGUCAGUGACUGGAAAGGGAAAACAGGGAUUGUUAGAGCCAUCGAUAACCACUGAGUUCUGCUCUAUGUUAAAUCAAGAAGACGUUCCAAAAGCCAUAAGCCUGAAGGUUGGUCCUGUGUGUACACACACACACACACACACACACACACACACACACACACACACGACUUAAAGGUGAUACAGAAAACACGCUGUGCCCUCCUAACUGCACAAGGAAAAGCAAUCGGGCCCAAGAAAUGACAGUAGCUGUUAAGAAAGGAAAAUGGUGCAGAUUUUUUCCUUCUAAAUAAUCUGAUCCAAGUUGGGGGUGGGGGGGUGCUACAGAAACUGCCAUUAGUAUUAUGGUGUCUUUUCAUGACGUUAAAGGCACGUUUGGUGGACUCAAAAAACAAAAACAUGGCAACAAUACAACUCCUGCACUGUCCUCAAAAAUUAAUAUCAGUACUCAUUUUUGCAACAAAAAAGAAAAGACCAGUGAUUUUCACAUUCAGCCAGUGUAGCCAGCAGAAAUUUCUGAUCCACAAUGCAUGGAUUCCUUUGAAGAAACGAAAAAAGGAAAAAAAAAGAAAAAGAAAAAAAAAAUCACAAAAACAAACUUUUUUUUAUUCAAAAAUAACAAAGUUCUUGUAAGGUAAAUGAUGUAUUUAGCAUGAAGCAUGAAUUAUUUUCAUAUAAAUAUAGAGAAUAGAGAGAAGACUAUGCCUCUAAUUUUUAAGCCCUUAAGCUUAGAGGCCCUUUGUUCUUUUUUUUUUCCUCCCUUUUUCUUUCUUUUUUUUCCCUUUUUCUUUCUUUCUUUCUUCUUUUUUUGUUGUCGUUAUUAUUUUGUUUGGUUUUUUGAAGCAGGUGUUUAAGGUUUAACCUUCUUCAGGGACAAAUUCUGACUGAUGGGGAGCUUACUCUGCAAUAUCAACUAUCUUCAUGCUCUGGCAGGGGCUUGGGUGGCUGAGCUCUAUACUGCCUUGUCUACACUCAGCCCCGACCCCUCUGAUUCUCUACUGAAGAGUGUGUCCUUCCCUUUGUCUGUAUGUGUUUAACAUGACGCAAUAAUUCGAGGGCAAACUUAGUGUGUACGAUAGAAUCAAGAGAGUUGUGGGACGCUUACUUGAGGAAAAUCAUUACCGUGAUUUGGUUCUAGGAAAAAGGCAGUGAAUAAUUAUGCAAAUUCGCCAGAGGAAGGGGAAACAUGCUAAUGGGCCUUACUGGGUGAGGGUAAGAGAUGGGUACUUGGGUAGGAGGAAGUAAGUGAUCGAGGGGUUGGAUGGAGCAGCCCUGAGCCUUCCACAGCGACGGUCUGAUGUCGCGGCGAGACGGGGGCUGGCCAUCUCUGCCACUUCUGCACAGUGACCACCUUGGGACUAAGACCACCUAAAUAGUGAGAGCUGAGUAACAACCAAACCACGUCACAGAAGCCAGAAACUCCAGUUACCUUUGCCAAAAAAAAAAAAAAAAGUUUAUCCUUGAGGUCUAAGAGAAAUCCCUAAAACAGUAUGGCCUCCCGUCCAAAUGGAGGGAACUUUUAAAAGCAAAAACACUUCCCUGGCUCAGGGUGCGAUGUUUGGGAGAUGGGGGAAACUAAAGUGACCUUGAACUCUUGAAACAGGGCAGUGGUGGGCCUUUAAAGCUAUGCCCACGUGUCAGCACCAGGUACCAUGGUAACCUCGGCAACCCGGAAGGUUAUCUGGUGCGUUUCCCCCUACCUAACCUGAGGGCAGCUUUGGGCGGGGGGACUCCCACUUUAGGGCAGGCUAGAUUUACCCCCACAUGGCCCUCAGCCUGGACUCUCUCAGCAUGGGGGUUCAGGGUCAGAUGAGAGCACAGGUUGUGUUCUCCACAAACCUCUGACACCCUGCAAGCCAUCCACAGCUCUGGAGCCCUGAGCCACACUUUGAUUUCCACUGUCCCCUUUACCAAGUCCAAAAGACUCCCGCCCCCUCCCCCAAGAUGUUCAAACUCAGACGUGAGGGCAAAGGUGAGCACUCAGCACUGUUUCUGGCGGGGACUUCUUCCGACGGAAACCCCACGCGGGCUGUCUCCCCUCGGUUCAUUGUUCUCCGAAGGGGCUGAGGCCUCUUUCAGAGAUAACAAGAUGCAGUGUGUGUGUGAUUUACUUUUCUGAUCUCGCCGAGAUCUGGAAAACUAUCUUAUACAAGUGCGUUCUGAACCCCAGAACCACUCCGUUUGCAUAAAUACCUCAUCGGGCAGCUUUGUAAGUGUUAUUUUCCCGAGCCUCCCCUUGGCACCUUUGUUGGAAUUUUCUGGAAGACUUGUUGGGGAAACUUUAGUAAGGGUACUUUUUUCUAUUUUCCUCCUGUUUUGGGCGGCACGCUCAUUGUGCGUAACCAAAACAACGGCUCAAUUGUGUUUAACUCUGUAUUUUGACUGUUGAGGCGAAAACAAAAUCAUCAAUGUGUAUGUGGCUGUUUGUAGCGAAGUCUGCCGAAUGAGGCGGCCCGUGUCCUUAACAAGCCAAGGGGCAGGAGGCGCCCUCUCUUCCCCCUCCCCCAAGAGCAGUAGAGAAUUUAAGCACAAGCCUAUUUGUGAAAGAAUAUUUUGCUUAAGUGUAAUUCACUUUAGUGUUGGACUUCCUUCCCAAAUGUCAGGUGUUCUUUUAGCUUUCAAACUAGCCUGUGUAUCCAUUAGAAGGACAGAUCGCCUGAGCAUCGUGAAAGGGAUGCGGUGUUGUUGCUGUUUUCUUUUUUUUUUUUCCUUGCAUUUCUCCUGUGGGGAGAAGUGGCGGUUCAUGUGUCAUUCCAGUAUCUCACGUACUCACAUGGGGUGGGGGGAGGGGGAUGGGGAACUAUAGCAAUAUUUACAGAUGCUUUGGGGACACAUCAGCACCGCGACAUUACAACUACUGGCUGUCGGCCCUCGGACACAUUUAAGAGAAGAGAGAGAGGCUCGCUUUCUUUUCUCAGGUGAUAUUCACAUCGACAUUCUUUUAUCCCGCUCCUGACAGUCUUUCCUCGUUCUCUAGUACUUUUUUGGAAAGGGUCUGCACCGUAGGUUUUCUUUCUUUCAUCACCAAGCUCCUACUUCCCUCUGCAUCUCCAGUCAGUAUGUUCGUUCUUCAAGAGUUCUUUUGGUAAAGCUGGCUGUCCGAAACUAACGCUGAACCAAACCCACAUGUGGAUUGUGGCAUAAGGAAACCGUGGUCAGGAUGACUGGGGCAGGUCUCCAUCUUGGGGUUUUAAGAGGGAAUGGGUUGGUGCCCUUUCCCGAGAACAGGUUUUUCUUGUACAGUCAUUAGCAUGUCCAGUGCUUCCUGUUCAUAGCAGUUCCACCACGGGGCUUUCUAGAAGGACUGUUGCGUUCAGUGGGGCCCAAGCAAGAGAAGGGGUGGUUUGGGUGCCUUGAGGCCCAACACAGCAGGCCAAUGUGCAAUGCCCCAAGCCACCAAUUUGGGUUUUAUUGAUGCCACUCCAACCUCUGGACUCUCCCUGGAAGGGAGAGGGUCCUGACAUGAUGCCAGAGUUAGGGACAAGUGCUCAGAAUGGGAAGUUUUCCCAUAGAUGGGAUUAGACUAAAUUCAAUGUGAUUUCUUUUUCCCCUUUCAAAUCCUAUUCAGGUUGGGACUCAUUUCUUUCUGGUGGAUCACAGCUGCCCAGAUGUGUAGAUUGGUUUCUGUGUCCUGUAGACAAGUCCUUUUCUCUCAUCUUCAGCAGGGUUUAUUAUUUCGUUUUUUGCCACCAAAAGAAAACAUCGGAACAUACGUCCCCUCUUAGUUGUGACUUUGCAUUGUUGACAGUUCAGUUCUCUGUGUUGUAGGUCCCAGCCCACCAGUACUCUAUCAAACACUGUUAGGCACAUGAUGCAGCACUGUGAUCUAAUUUAAAUAAUACUUUUUUAUUAUUUAUACUACUAUAUAUAAUAUACAUCAACACUUUUGCUAUAUAACCUAAGUGAUAAACCCUUUUUUUGGUUACCUGUCAAGACUCUAGACUUUGGUUCCUAUUGCAGUUAACACAGUUACAGAAUUGUAAUGGUGUCUUGUUUUAUUUUUUUGUUUUUGUUUCUUUUCCUUCUUCUUUUCCCUUUGUAACGGAAUGUGUAAAUCAAAGUAUAUACAUUGUGUGGUGUUCCUGUUUCUUGGGAUGUUAUGAGGAGUUACACACAGCAUUCAGUGUUCUGUAUAGACCUGCCCACCUUCGUGAAUUCAUCUGUUAACUCCUCCUCCUCCGAGAGCGCGCCAGCCACGGUGGCUAACUCCCAGCGUCCUCUCUCCUGCUGGCUAUUCUUGAAUUAAGCACAGACUCGUCCACUCGGUUGCUUUAUCAUGAAUAAUGGGCGUGACUUGGUCACUCUCCUACCCUUCAGCAAACAAGUGCUAGCUUCUUCGCUGACCAAAAAUUAAGGAAGGAAAACACCAUUUUCAAAACGAUCCACCUUUUCACGGCCGAGACCGAUGUUAGUCUACGGUGCUGCCUCGCGCUAUCGAGCCUCUGGAAUGAGCCCGCUGUGGAAUGACCAUUUCUGACUUGCUAUGGGAUGCUCACAAGUACCCUUCCUGUCUCGUUAGUAUUGGAAUCAAGACUCAUUAUUUGAAUCUAUACAGCAGUGUUCUCCAUCAGGUUUCAUUUGCAAAAGUAGAGAACAUGCCUUCUCCACCCUUUUGCAAAUAAUUGAUACUCCAUAUUGGAUUCUCAAAAGACUUCGAUAUGGUGAUCCUGUCAAACCUAGAAAUUGUAUUAUCUUUUCAUACCCGACUUCCCCCACUUCUCCUGUUUUAGAGGAAACAGCACACUUUCAGUUACGGACACAGUCUCCAUUUCUAGAGUAUGUGUGUUGCAGCCAUCCAAGGUCAUAGCUGGCUCAGCCAGACCCACGCCAUUGUUCUCACUGCCUGUCCUACCAUGGUGCACAUGGGGAGGGAAGAGGAAUCUGUGCGUCUGGGAAACAGCUACAUAGACUUUUUGUUUUUUUACUACUCUGACUCUGUAACACUUCUGAGUUUUGUUCUAAUUUUACAGAAAACAAGACCACAAUGAUAAGGCAGAAGCCCACAAGGUUUGUGGCUGAGUCUUAGAGCCACCCGACCUUUCCUGGCCAACAGGUCUACAUGGCCAAAUUUAUUUACGAGAGUAAUAAUUUCUUCAGAAGCCAAUUUUUUUCUGUAUUUCUGUACAAAACUGCCAAUAUCAUGAACAGAAGGGGGGAACCGUAAAGGAGAAAGCAAGUGAUGUUCGGUGGCGUUUGCAUUAGCCUAAAGCAGCGGUGUGACGACGACUCCAUCAGCCGAGCUCCAGGGACUUGGUGUUGCUUGGGAGGGAUCCAUACAGCAUUUUGCGUUCUUCAUGUGUAAUCAUAUUGCCAAAGACAAACUACUUCAUCAUUUAUUGUAAAUAACACUUCCCCAGACCUACCAUAAAGUUUCUGUGAUGUAUUGUCUUCCAGUUGCAAUAAAAAUGACUGAGUUGCAUCAA